CAGCCAAUUCAUCAGUCUACAAUGGCACCUUGGUUUGCCAAUGGCCGCCUCCAGAGGGCCAGAGCCUUCCUUCAUUAAGCAACGCCGAGCUGCACAAACGCAUGCUGGAUCUCGAAUCUAAAUUGGAAAGUGCUCGACGUAAAGUGCAACUGGCGAACCGUAUCAAGAACAAAGUGACUAAAGAAUAUGAGAAACUGAAGGCCGAGCUGUCUCACUACUUGGCCCCGGAUCAGCUGAACUCUAUGGCGAAGAAUUCGAGGGGGUCACUGUGGUCGGAGGACACCAUUCGUAAAGUGCUGAAAGUGAGACUGGCCUGCGGGUCCCGUGGUUACAACCUGGCCAAGAAAACCCUCGCCCCUCUGCCAUCUCAACGUACGCUGCAGAGGCAUUUGGAAGUACUGAAGUCCACACCGGGCGCAGUGCCAGAACUCCUACAGGCCCUCUCUGAUGAGGUCAACAGCAUGGAGGACCCCGAAAAACAAGUCAUUGAUGUUGGUGAAGUUGAAAUCCAGCCCGAUAAGACUGUUGACCUAAAUAGUGAACAGGUACUCGGCAUAUCGGCAGACCCGUUGACGGACACUCCCGAGUGACAUAUCUUCGAAUGCGUUGACUCUCAGUUCCGAAUGUACGACAUGUGUUACAAACAUUGUCGUUGAUACGUGUCGUACGUUGAGAUGAGUUUUGGCACGCACUGUCACAUGGCAGAAAUGGCAGUGUGCCUUGUAGAAACUAUCUAUAAAGUUGGCAUCAUCGGAAAGUGCUUUUUUAUGUUAUCGAAUGCAGUUGCAGUCGAUGUCCUGCUUUCUAGUCAUCCCACCUAAGAUUUGAGUGUCAAGUGUAGGACCCACUCGCACGACAUGUGAAGCCGAAGAAGAGAUGGUACACGUGUUGUCAGGUCUAUGCAAUACACACCACAGUGAUCCAUGUUUUGUUAGAAUCUGCAUUAACGUAAGAGAACAUUGUUCUUGUUGUUUGUUUUUUAGGCAUCUUGUUCUCAUCUUGGUACAAAAUAUUCGAGCUUAUCGAAGUCAGUGGUUCUGCAUGGUUUGUGUUCAAGUUUUUUGUUGUAACUUUUUGUCAUGUAGAAUACGUGCGCCUGCAUACAUUUAAAUAAUAUAACUCGAAAACGAUACUUCGUCUGCAAA